AUGGCUUGUGUACCGACCCCGAUUUCAACACUUUUCUCCACAACUACAUCGUUGAUUCCGACUACCAUCACUUCAUCUUCAGCAAUUCUCGUAACUCCCUCAGCAAGCACUUCAACAUGGAUUACAGCUAUCUGCCCUACUUCCAUCUCAGCAACUUCUUCCCUGUCCCCUUCCCCCACAACAACGUCAUCCGAGAGUACUCUUCAAGCUACGAUCACUAGUCCUGCAACAGAUAGUAUCAUUAGUUUCGGUGUAACUCCGAUUUCGGUACCUAGUGAUGGAGGAAAUGAUAUACAAAGUGGAGUGACCACCUCUCCUGACCUCAGUGCAGCCUCUACCAGUGGUGGUGGAUCAACUACUUUAGCCGUGUUAGACGGUACAACCCUUUCUUCAGAUGAUAGUAAUCAAUUGUUGAAUAAUCGAAAUCGGAAUCAUCCUCCAACAAGAUUAAAUGCUAGAAAUCUACAUAUUGGUUCACGAGAACUGGACAAACAUAAAGAUAGAAGACAGAAUGAACAAUGUCAAACUAUAACAUCGACAUCGAUAAUCUUACCUACACCAACCACUUCAUGGUCUCUCGUAUUCUCUACGACCAACUGGGAAAGUGUAAUUCAAGUUCCUACGGAAACUGUUAUGGGAGGUUGUGAUGGUACGACUGGAAUGGCUGCAGAAGCUACCACCGUGACUAGUACAACUGCUUCUUCUGUCUCUUCGAUUGAACCAAUUCCAUCGUCAACUCCAACCAUACCUGAAGCGACGACAACACCUAUAACGACCGAUCGAAUCAUCUCGAUCACGUCAACACCUACUCUGUCAAGUUUCGUCCCGGUUGAGACUACAUCCGAAUCUAGUACGUCAGAAAUGCCAAUCUCGUCAAGUUCGCCCAUCCUCACUUCAUCCAUAUCUGCUGAAGGCCCCAAUGCCGUCACUGCCUCUAUUCUCUCUUCCAGCUCACUGGAUUCUUCUUCUGCUUCUUCAAUACAAAUACUCGAACCUAUACUGACAAGCACCGAUGAACCACUAUCAGCUACCUCGAUCUCGGAUCCCCUGUCUUCUCUAUUCUCUCAACCUGCUCUACCUUCUGAUACUCUGUCAACGGACCUACCUGUCCAAUCUCCCGAAUCGACUUUACCGACAACCGCUGAAGACCGACCGACCUUGGCUGAAGAGCAAUCUACCUCCGCCGAGGCUGAGGGUUUGACGUCUACCACUCCCAUAAUACCAGGGGCAGCAGCCAUGCCUACUACAACUUCAUCUUCUAAACCCACAAAUAACACGUUGGCAUCUCAAAUAACCAAACCGUCAGCUUCACUCCCACAUGCGCCCUCAAAUUCAGACAAUCCACAAGAGUCUUCAGAGGGGAAUAGUAAAGUUUCUUCUGCAGGUGCUGCUGUAGGCGGAUUCUUCGCUUUGCUAGCUCUUAUAGCGGCAAUCUUGGUGUUUAUCAGAUGGUGGAAAAAGAGACAAAGAGCUGAAAAAACAAGAUUGUUAAGAUCUAGUUGGUUUUAUGGCGAAGGUGGGACAGUCCUCAAUGCGGAAAACGAGAAGCGUCGUUCGGCUCCAUCACCGAUACCACCUCUUCGUUCAGCAGCGGUCCCACCUAUCAGUCGAUUUUCAGCACCAUCAUUCGCAUCUCGACCCGAAGGUUUAGGAGCAUUCUUGGCUCGUCCCCUUCGAAAUCUGCGCCGAGAUUCUUCCUCAAAUCUCAAACCGUUAAAGCUAGUAUCUGGAGAUCCAAACGAUAAAUCCGACAAUGCAGGUGUGAUGGGUAGAUUCGUUCCUUUCACUAUACCCUUCAAAUCGUCCGGAAAUACAUUCAACCCAUUCAAGGGAAUUCAACUCCCACCAGUGCCUAAUCUCCUUCAAUCACUCAAGAAUUCUAUACACUUACCUUCUCUACUACCAAUAAGAGGGACAGCUUCAACGAAAACGAGGAAUAUAAGCUCACCUCAACCUAUUGAUCCUGAACCUGAACCUGGACUGACAGACAAAAAUGGUAUAUUCGAUUCAGCAAAAUUACAACCGAUUUUCUCAAAAUUCAGGUCCAUUAGACAAUCAUUCAAGCGAACUUCAAUUUCCGAUCUGAAAUAUGUCAGACAGAAUGCAGUUAGAGGUUCACCUGCCUGGGCCGAGAAAUAUCCCAACACAACACCUGUAAUAGUUGGAGAGGCAUGGAGUAAUGGAAAUUCAGAUAAUGAUUCACCGUUGAAAGCUUCUCUUACCCAAGUUCCUUCUUCAAUCAACAGCAGAGGUUCGAUUCAAGAUGGGCCAUAUCCGAUAGCUAUACAACCUCAAUCUCAGUCUCGUUCUCAACCUCAACUUCGUCAAGAAGGUGGUAAUGAGCAGACUGAAGAAUUCGAAUACAAACCUACUCAUAUACAAUUGCGACACUUGACUUGGGGAUCAUCAUAUGCUCCUCCACGAACAUCAGUCCUGAGCGCAAAUGGAAUGUUCAUGAAUGUGAUUGAACCUUCAGAAGACGGAACUUCGAUUUAUUCAAGAACUUCAAUGUCACAUGGUGGACAUAGUGGACAUGGACAUGGAUCGAACCAAUCGCAUCGUAGGAGUCAUGAAAUGGAACAAUCGUCAAUGCCACCCACCAUGUCUUAUCCUCAUCCACCUUCUGUCUUGGAUCCGGGUUCCCCCCCACCACCACCUAUGACGAAUGGACCGUUUCCCCGAUCACUUAUCAGUCCGAUGUCAGUCGGAUCGGGUGAAUCAGGUUCAAGAGGUUCUUUCCUACCUCCUGUUCCUGAAUAUCCCGAUCUCAAUCAACAGAAUGAUCCCAGGUCUUCAGCUGAAAAGCAGAUAAGAGAUAUGAAAAGGAUAACAAGAUCAACAGCUCAUUCAUCUGGUAUAUGGGAAUAUUCAGCUUAUGUAGAAUCUGGUGGUCCAGGUUCAAACUCAGGUACAGGAUCUCAGAGAGGAAGUGAACAAAAUCAAGUUCCUAUUGCUGGACAAAUGGGACAAUCUCAAUCCCAAUCCCAAUCCCAAUCCCAAUCUCAAUCUCAAUCUCAAUCGCAAAAUCCAAUUGGAAUAUUAAAACCCACUUCAUACUCACCUAUACCGCCUUAUUCGACAUCUUCACCUCUCCCGAUGUAUAUGGGGAUGGGAUAUCCAAAUUCAGCACCUGGUCCAGCGGAUAUGCCCUAUCAUCCAAAUUCUCCUAGUGGUACGGUACCUUCACCUAAAAGGAUAAGUGGUGGAGGAUCAAUGUUGAAACAUUCGAGUUUACCUUCUGAUUCAAGACCUCGGACUUCUUUUAGCUCACUACCACCUCCACCAAGAAGUACGACUUCUCCUUAUGAUGUUUAUGGUUAUGGUGAUAACGAAGGUGAUAGAGUUACGAAAGCAUGGUAUGAAAAACCCUUAUGGGAUAGCAAUAAUGACAAUUCCAAUUUAAAUCCAAAUCCAAAUCCAAAUCAAAUACCUAGAUCAGGUCCAUAUUCAGCUGGUAUUCUAAGGCAAGGAUCAUCUCCAAGUCCGCACCAUACUUUCGGUCAAAACAGUGCUGGAGGGAAUAAUAACAACAGAACGAGCAUGUUUCAGCCUUCACCUCCGUUCCAAGGUGGGAUGAUGAGAGAUCUAUACUCGAAUUCAAGUUUGAGUCCAAGUCCAUAUUCAGCAGGGGGAGGUCCAAGGUCAGCUGCUCCAGACUACACAUACUCUCAAAAAAGUGCAGGAGGUAACAGUAAUAGUAGGAUGAGUAUGUAUUCGAGGUCAGGUGGAGGUGGUGAUAGGGCAAGUAGAAAAAGUGUCAAAUCUGUCAAAUCUGUAAGGUGGGAAGAUGACGAUGAUGUUGCCAGAGCUCUGUGA